AGAGAGAGAGAGAGCCAGUUUCCUCUCACACACCGCGGAGGAAAGACAUACGUAUUUCAGUCUCGCACAAACCACCAUCACCACCACCACCACCAUCACCACCAUCACCACCACCACCACCACCACUACUACUACCACCACUACUACUACUGCUACCACAAUUAGAGAGAGAGAGAGGGAGAGAGAGUGAGAGUGAGAGAGUUAUCAACAGGUGUGGUGUGGAAGCCUCUCUCUUUCAACAGGUAAAGAGAGAGAGAGAGAGAGAGAGAGAGAGAGAGAGAGAGAGAGAGAGAGAGAGAGAGAGAGAGAGAGAGAGAGAGAGAGAGAGAGAGAGAGAGAGAGAGAGAAUUGUGGUGGUACUGGUAAUAGUGACAACAGGUUAUUUCUCACUCUCUCUCUCACUCGCUCACUCACCCACUCACUCCCCCCACCACAAUAGGAGGAAAAAGGAAAAAGGGAGAGACAAAAAGCAUGGAAGAUGACUUGGACACAUUCAGCAUCAGUGUGCCGCGCUACAGACCGGAGGAGCUGGACAAGCUGGCCAGAACCACCAAGUUUACGCGGCGAGAGAUUCAACUCAUCUACCGCGGCUUCAAACAGGAGUGUCCUACAGGAUUGGUAGAUGAAGAUGGCUUUAAAGAUAUCUUUGCUCAAUUUUUCCCCCAAGGAGAUGCUUCUCAAUAUGCUCACUACGUGUUUAGGACUAUCAAGAGAGACAAGGAGGUACAGAUUAGCUUCCAGGACUUCCUCGCUGCCCUCUCCACUGUGUCACGAGGCACCACGCAAGAGAAACUGCAGUGGAUCUUUGGUCUUUACGAUGUUAACAAGGAUGGUUUAAUCACGAAGGCAGAGAUGGUGGACGUGGUAACAGCUAUAUAUGAGAUGCUGGGCAGAUCCACGCAGCCCUUAGUGGAUGAUACAUCUGCCAAGGACCAUGUGGAGCGGAUAUUUCAUCUGAUCGACACAAACAACGACGGUGCGAUAACGAUUGAGGAGCUGGCUGAAUGGAUAUCAAGAGACGAAAAAAUAGUAGAAUCUUUAAAGAGAAUGGAUACAGUACUUUACACCCCUCAUGACGCCUCUUCCGGUGCCACCCGCCCUUCUCUCAGCCGCCCCUAAGCCGCCCACACCCCGCCCUCACGCCCACACACGCCCACGCACCCCCACGCCUCCUGAAAAUAUGAAAAUAAGGCGGGAAUUUGAAAAGAGUUCGAUUUGUUUGCGUUAGGUCACGUUUUCUUUGGUGGAUUUUUAUGGAUGACUCAAGUGUUUUUUUUUUUUUUUUUUCUCUCUCUCUUCGUGUGUGUAUAAUGUGUGCGUUUCCGUUUUCUGUUCACGGAUGUGUUGUGUUUUGUGUUUGUGUUUUCUUGAGGAUUUAAGUUUUCUUUUUUUUUUUUAAGGGUGUCUCAAGUAUUUUGUGCUUUUUCUUUAUUCUCUUUUUUUUUUUUUUUAGAUGUGAAAGGGAAGUUAUGAAAAACAUAUCUAUUUAUUUGUGUUCUGGUUUAUUUUAUUUAUUAUUUUUUUUUUAUUUAUUUAUUUUUUUUAUUUAUUUAUUUUUUUUUUUUUUUGUGACUCAAGUAUUUUUGGUUUUCUUUCCUUUGUAUUUAUGCAUCUAUUAAUUCAUUUAUUUUUAGAUGUAAAGAGAGUGUUAUAAAAAUGUGACGUUUACUUUGCAUUUUUUUUUUUUUAUUUAUUUAUUAAUUUUUUUUUCUUUCAAGGAGUGACUUGGGUAUAUAUAUAGUCUCUUCCCUCCGUUUUUUAUAUUAAGUAUAAAAAGAAAUUUUGAACAGAUAGAUAAUAAAUUGUCGCGUUUUCUUUAGGUCGAGCGAUUUCUUUUAAUAAUUUUGAGUAACUCCACUCUCUCUCUCUCUCUCUCUCUCUCUCUCUCUCUCUCUCUCUCUCUCUCUCUCUCUCUCUCUCUCU